UGUGAUUUUGUAUCGAGUUGGGGGUGGGGGGAAUCCCCGGAGUGCGCAUGCCGAACCUGGUGUAACAAUCCCCGGGAGACAGGGCGGUGAUUCCCCGGGCCGUGGUAGAGGUUCGCUGUUGCCCACUCCCCAGCUCUUGGGAGACCCUCCCGUACAGAGAGGGUUCCCGUUCUGUCCUGGCCCACAACCUCGCUCCAGGGCUGAGCGACGCCUGCUGCCACUGGAGUUCCGCCGCCACUGUCGCUUUCUCUCGGCUCUUGCUUUCCUUCUCCACCCAUGGAUAACAAGCCCCUCUUGCAGGAGAGGCCACCCGCGUACGCUGCGGUGCCGGAGAGGGGCUACGACUACGGCCAGACCUACGGGACCAUCCCACCGCCUGGAUACCAGCCCCCUCCAUACUCUUACCCGGCUUCAGGUUAUGUACCUCCAGCCCCUGCAGGUAUCCAGCCCCCUGUGUGCCCAGGAUCAAACUACUCAAACACUUAUACCAUUAUUCAGCAGCCAGCUGCAGCUUCAGUUGUAGUGGUGGGUGGCUGUCCAGCUUGCAGGGUUGGUGUUCUGGAAGAUGACUUCACUUGCUUGGGUGUGCUGUGUGCAAUAUUAUUCUUUCCAAUUGGGAUCCUAUUUUGUUUGGCACUGCGACAACGGAGAUGCCCAAACUGUGGAGCCAGCUUCGGUUAACUGGAUCAAAGUGACCAGCCUAUCUGUGGCCAAAUUUAAAUUUUUUACUGUAAAUUCUCUGCCAUUGUGUAUAAACUACAGAUGACUUGCCUUCAUUCUGUGAUUUAGUUUGAUAGAAAUUGAGAUUUGAUCUUUAAAAACAAAAGCAUGACAAUUGAAUGCCUGCAAAUGACUAUAAUUUCUCCAUUAUAAAUAGUUCAAAUGUACAGGCAAAAUUUGAUUCUCCAUUUUACUGUUUCCUUACAUUGCCCUUGAAAAUGCUACAAUUAAAUCUGCAUUCUUGUA